AUGGCCGCCAAAGUCUACGUCGGAAACCUUUCGUGGAACACCACUGAUGACAGCCUCGCCCACGCCUUCUCGGCUUACGGCCAGCUGACCGACUACAUUGUCAUGAAGGACCGCGAGACUGGACGCUCGCGCGGCUUCGGCUUCGUCACCUACGCUUCGCAGCAGGAGGCUGACGCUGCCAUCGCUGCCCUCAACGAGCAGGAGCUCGACGGCCGUCGCAUCCGCGUCAACAUGGCCAACUCGCGACCCGCUGGCGGCAUGGGCGGCGGCGGAUACGGCGGUGUCACCGGCGCCUACGGCGGUGGCGCUGGCGGCUACGGUGGCGGCUACGGCGGCCAGCCCGGUGGCUUCGGCCAGGCCGGCGGCUUCGGCCAGCAGGGCGGCUACCAGGGUGGCUACCAGCAGGCCCCCUACGGCGGUGCUCCCCAGCAGGGCGGCUUCGGCGGCCAGCAGGGAUACGGCGGCCAGCAGGGCUACGGCCAGCAGGGCGGCUACAACGCCAGCUACGGUGCUGCCCAGCAGGGCUUCCAGCAGCCCGCGCAGAACGGCGGCGGAUACCAGGCUCAGGGCUACGGUGGCCAGGGCUACUAG